GCGUCUCGAACUCUUGUGAAUUCGUGAUCCCCAAAUCUGAGCUCUCGAGAAAAUUCCUCCCCUUCCCACUCCCCUCUCGCGAGAUCCAAUGCGCGCAAUGCCCCAAACCCCCUACUACCUCGAACCAAACCAGCGAAUCGAACUGAGAUCGAUCGGAAGUGACGGAUUGAUUGACACUAUGGAAGCAGGAUCCGGCGAGAUGUUCUUUUUCUUCGUUGGCGGCAUGGAGCAGGGCGCCAGGUGGGUGGUCAAGGAGGCGGCGGGGCGGUGCUUGCAGGGCGGAGUGGAGCUGCUCGGCUGCUGCUCUGUGAGUGCAGAACCAACCAAGAGCAGCCGGCCGAGCACCAGCCGAGCACUGUGGAAGAAGGCGCUCAAGCUCUGCUCUGUCCCCGUGUCGCGGUGGCCCGGGAAGGACCCCGCCUACCUCUGCCGCGAGUUCGGUCUCCUCGCGCUGGGUUCCCUCGGUGCCGAGCCGGGCCCGUCGUUGCUGCCCCGGGAGGCCCGCUGCGGCGCGUGCAGCCGCGCCGUCGACCCGCAGUUCCGGCGGGCCGCGCGGCGGCGGCCGGUGCGGGCGAGGGCUGUGCGCGGCGUCGUGAUGCUUUGCGCUCCUCCACUCCCUCGGUCCCUCCCAUUCUCUCUCUCUCCCUCCCUCUCUCUCCCUCUCUCUCCUCGGUGGUGGAAGGGGCGGAGAUGGAGCUGCGCCGGUCGGAUCCGGCGCCAGCGAGCCGCGACCAGGCGGCCGGAGCUCGGGACGGCUGCGGCCGAGUGGAUCUUCGACACCUGCGCGGAGGCCGCGGCGGUUGGUGACGGGACGGAUCGGGUUGGACUCGCGAAGCCGGACUCGGCCGCGGCGGCGGUGGCCGCGAGGGUGACGACGGCGAGGACGAGCAGGCGGCGGUGGGCCAUCUCACCACCGGGAUAG